AAAUGUAAAGGUCGGAACACGGCAAUGUUGCGUUGUUUCGAAUGACUUGGUUGCACUUCAUAAUGAUUGUAAACAGUGUUUGUUGCUUAUGCAAUACGGUGCUGGAACUCCCGAGGCAAGAUGGAGGACGCAAGGACGUGAUGUUUUUUUAGGUUUUAUGCGACCCGGCCAGUCCUGAGGAUUACAAGCCAGUCAGUCAUAAAUUGGAAGUGAUCCAGAAGAUGUUACAGAAAUGAUAGCAGCACCAGAAAUACCAGCAGACUUCCCCUAUGCUCAUGAUACAGACACACAGUUUUCUUCAGACACAGACUUUUCUGAAGAUCUAGAUGGAAGGAGUUCAAUUUCAUCGAAAGGAAAGGGUGGAAAGAAGGGGAAGAAGGCAGCGGGAGACAAAGGCAAGGGCGCGAAAGGCGCAGGCCGUAUAAAUGGCCACCACCAAGAGAAUGGCAUGGAAAACAUGAUGCUGUUUGAGGUGGUCAAGCUGGGCAGGAGUGCAAUGCAGUCUGUCGUUGACGACUGGAUCGAGUCUUACAAACAUGACAAAGAUGUUGCCCUACUUGAUCUCAUCAACUUCUUCAUCCAGUGCUCAGGGUGUAAAGGUGUUGUCAGUGGAGAGAUGUUCCGCAACAUGCAGAACUCAGAAAUAAUCAGACGAAUGACAGAGGAAUUUGAUGAGGACAGUGGCGACUACCCCCUCACUAUAGCAGGGCCACUAUGGAAGAAGUUCAAAUCAAGUUUUUGUGAAUUCAUAUCGGUCCUGGUGCGGCAGUGUCAAUACAGUAUCAUCUAUGAUGAAUAUAUGAUGGACACAGUCAUCUCGCUUCUCACCGGAUUAUCAGACUCUCAAGUCAGAGCCUUCAGACACACCUCUACACUGGCAGCCAUGAAGCUGAUGACAGCCUUGGUGAAUGUAGCUCUCAACUUGAGCAUCAACAUGGACAACACCCAGCGUCAAUACGAGGCAGAGAGGAAUAAGAUAGUGGCCAAAAGGGCCAAUGACAGGCUGGAGCUCCUCUUGCAGAAGCGAAAAGAGCUCCAAGAAAACCAGGAUGAGAUUGAAAACAUGAUGAAUGCAAUAUUUAAAGGAGUCUUUGUACAUCGCUAUCGUGAUUCAAUAGCAGAAAUCAGAGCCAUUUGUAUAGAAGAGAUUGGAGUUUGGAUGAAACUCUACAGUGACGCCUUCCUUAACGACAGUUAUCUAAAGUAUGUGGGAUGGACAAUGCACGAUAAGCAAGGUGAGGUACGUCUGAAAUGUCUGACAGCUCUGCAGGGUCUGUACUACAACAGAGAGCUCAAUGCAAGGCUUGAACUCUUCACCAGUCGCUUUAAGGACCGGAUUGUCUCUAUGACCCUUGACAAGGAGUAUGACGUUGCAGUGCAAGCCAUUAAGUUGCUCACUUUAGUUUUGAAUAGUACAGAUGAGGUAUUGACUCCUGAGGACUGUGAGAGCGUCUAUCAUCUGGUCUACUCGGCCCACAGACCUGUUGCCAUUGCAGCAGGAGAAUUCCUCUACAAAAAAUUGUUCAGCCAGCGGGAACCAGAGGAGGAAGGUGCCCCCAAGAGAAGAGGCCGACAAAGUCCCAAUGCCAACCUCAUCAAGACCACUGUCUUCUUCUUCCUGGAGAGCGAGCUCCAUGAACAUGCAGCCUACUUAGUGGACUCUCUUUGGGAGUGUGGUGCUGAGCUACUGAAGGACUGGGACUGUAUGAGCAGCUUACUGUUAGACGAUCCACUGCCAGGAGAAGAAGCUCUGACUGACCGGCAAGAAACAGCUUUGAUUGAAAUCAUGCUGUGCACUGUACGCCAGGCUGCUGAAUGCCACCCACCCGUUGGAAGAGGCACAGGGAAGAGGGUGAUGACAGCAAAAGAAAGGAAGACUCAACUUGAUGACAGAACCAGAAUGACAGAGCUAUUUGCUGUGGCUUUGCCCCCUCUGCUGGCCAAGUAUGCUGUGGAUUCAGAGAAGGUGACCAACUUGUUACAGCUUCCUCAGUUCUUUGACCUGGAAAUUUAUACCACAGGACGUCUGGAGAAGCACCUUGAAGCCCUUCUCCGCCAAAUACGAGAAAUCGUGGAGAAGCACACAGACACUGAAGUCUUAGAGACAUGCUCCAAGACCUACCAUGCCCUCUGCAGUGAGGAGUUCCCAAUCUUUAACAGGGUGGACAUUGCUCGCUCGCAGUUGCUGGAUGAACUGGUGGAUAAGUUCAACCGAUUGCUGGAGGAUUUCCUACAAGAGGGGGAAGAAUCUGAUGAAGAUGAUGCUUAUCAGGUUUUGUCAACUCUAAAGAGGAUCACUGCUUUUCACAAUGCACAUGAUCUAUCUGGAUGGGAUCUCUUUACAAGCAACUUUAAGUUGCUCAACACAGGCAUCGAGAAUGGAGACAUGCCAGAACAGAUAGUCAUCCAUUCACUGCAGUGCACACACUAUGUCAUCCUGUGGCACCUGGCCAAGUUAUCUGAAGGCAGCUCUCGAAAGGAGGAUAUGGUGACUUUGAGGAAACAGAUGAGGGCCUUCUGUAUGAUGUGUCAGCGGUAUCUCACUAACGUCAACACCGCUGUUAAAGAACAGGCAUUCACCAUCCUUUGUGACCUCCUGCUCAUCUUCAGCCACCAGAUGGUGUCUGGAGGCAGGGAACACCUGGAGCCCUUAGUCUAUUCCUCAGAAGAUUCGCUUCAGUCUGAGCUGCUCUCCUUUAUUCUGAAUCAUGUCUUCAUAGAUCAGGAUGAUGAUACCAAUAGCACAGAUGGCCAACAGGAUGAUGAGGCUGUGAAGAUUGAAGCUUUACACAAGAGGAGAAACCUCCUUGCUGCCUAUUGUAAACUGAUCAUCUACUGUGUGGUAGAAAUGAAAACCGGAGCUGACAUUUUCAAACAGUACAUGAGGUAUUAUAAUGAUUAUGGUGACAUCAUCAAGGAGACAAUGAGUAAGACCCGGCAAAUCGACAAGAUUCAAUGUGCCAAAACCCUCAUCCUCAGUCUUCAGCAGCUUUUCAAUGAAAUGCUGUCAGAGCUGGGCCAUGGCUUUGAUCGCUCAUCAUCCGCAUUCUGUGGAAUCAAAGAGUUAGCCCGUCGCUUUUCUCUAACUUUUGGCCUCGACCAAGUCAAAACCAGAGAUGCCAUUGCCAUGCUACACAAGGAUGGAAUCGAGUUUGCGUUUAAGGACCCAAGUCCCCAAGGAGAAGGAGGCCCUCCUCUCAACCUGGCUUUCUUAGACAUCCUCAGUGAGUUCUCCUCAAAGCUGAUGAGACAAGACAAGAGGACUGUCCACAUGUACUUGGAGCGUUUCAUGACGUUCCAGAUGGCACUGCAACGAGAGGACUGCUGGCUCCCCCUCAUUUCAUACAGGAAUUCCCUACAGGCUGGUGGAGAUGACGACACUAUGUCAGUGAUGAGUGGCUACUCCAGCAGAGGCUCUUCCGUUCGUUCCAAGAAGACCAAGGCUCCUGCUGUGACAGCAGGAACUUCUGCAGCCAAGAGGAAGCUACCAGAAGAGGAGAGCAGUAGCAGUGAGGUGUGGACGCCAGGCAUUCAGACCCCCGUCAUGAUGCCAUCCCCCCACCUUACCUCCACUGCCAUGCGAGAGCCUAAAAGGGGUCGUGAUGACAGCUACAUGGGCGUCUACUCCCUCCCUCAUGACCAGCAGCAGCCCCACCAACACCCACAACACCAUCAACAGGCACCUCAGCACCACCAGACACCCAUGGAUUACAAUUCCCAAGUGACGUGGAUGCUGGCCCAGAGACAGCAAGAAGAGGCUCGUCAGCAGCAGGAACGAGCCAUGAACUACGCCAAGCUCAGGACCAAUCUGCAGCAUGCUAUACGUCGCGGCACCGGCCUCAUGGAGGAAGAUGAAGAGCCAAUUGUGGAAGAUGUGAUGAUGUCAUCUGAGGGUCGUAUGGAUGACCUCAAUGAAGGCAUGGACUUCGACACCAUGGACAUUGACCUGCCACCGUCUAAAAAUCGUCGUGAGAGGUCUGAGCUGAAGCCGGACUACUUCGACCCCGCCUCGAUCAUGGAUGAGUCGGUCCUUGGAGUGUCCAUGUUUUAAAGGAAUAUCCAGACGAUUUUCAUGCUGGGAUACGAGAAGAGGAGCUUUGUAUUUAAAAAGAAUUUUAGAUGCGAAAACAAGUGUGUUUUCUGUAAGAAAAACAAAAAUGAACAAAAAAAAAACAAACUACAAAGUUUUGGCUUGUACUCUACGUGGACCAAUGAUGAGCCACACUCAGUGUUGCUUGCUCAGAGAGGACUUGAAAUGUAUACUUUUCUAAUCUUGGGUAAGCUCUUCCUCUUCUUAAUGGUGUAACAGGCCACAUCCAACUUCCAAGCCUUUUAGAAACCACAACUUCUAUAGCAUUUUCCCCAGUUUUCUUUUCCUUUGUCCCAGCGGGGGAUGGAUUGGUGUGUUUUUAACUUAAGAAACAUUCUUUUUUUUUGUUCUCCAAUGGUAGUAAGUUACCAAGUGUGAUGUAGUAAUUUAUAAAGCGACUGUAGUACCUUGCCUGUACUGUGUUAGCCAAGUGGACGCAGGUCUUUCUGUUUGUGCCCUCCUCUGAUGACCGCUGGUGGUUGCCAUGCCGACUAGGAUGGGUACGUCUUAGAGCUUACCCCAACAUCUGGACCACUCCUUAGCCACCAUCUCACUUUCAAGUCAUACAAUCUAGCAGCAUCAUGUCAAAAUCUUACAUUUUAAAUAAAAAAAAAAUCUAUAUGAAUUGGUGCUGAUUUUUAUAUAUGUGCUUUGCUUAUGUUCUUUCCAAUUUUCAGUCCCACAAAUGUAAGAAAAGGAACGCGGCCAGGAAGACUUUCAGAUUUGUAUUUUUACCCUUUUUGCGUUUUUUUUUCUCCCCGCCCUUUUCUUUUGUCUUGAUAAAUAAUGUCUUCGAGUUUCUACCUUCUUUCCUAAUGUGUAAAUUAGUUUGGAUAAAAUGAAUGAAAUUCAGCUUUAAAGAUUUUGAGUGGUGUCGUACACGAAAAAUAUAUAUAAUCUCUGAAGCAUACUAAUAAACAAGUUAUUCAGCAGCGCUGUGGCAGCUAGACAAAGCUUAGAUCUGACAUGUAAUUGUCACACACACACACACACACACACACACACACACACGUUUUAAUCAACUGUUUUGCCUACUGAGCUUUUUCUUUUGUAGUCAUUCCAUGCUUGAGCCUUAAACAUGCUUCUUCUUCUCCUGUCACGCUAAAUCUUCCAUGUCAGCAGGGUGAUCAUGUUUAAAGGUGCAUCGUCGGCUUCUUAGCGCACCUGACAUGAGGUGGUCAAAUGUCAUGUGAUUAUGUAGAUGAGCAGCCUAUAUGUCCUUGACCUAAUUCUUUUAUGUAAGUAAAACUCAAUUCUUUUAAGGACAGAGUACUGUUUAUUGUCUGUUGCGUACAUACCACUACAUAUGGUAUCAAUCCUUAUCAGAUCAUGUGUAUAUAUAUUCAAAUUUUCAUUUAUUUCCAUUUUUUUUGUGCUUUUGUUUCUGCACUCUUGCCUACACCCUGAGUUGUCUAUUUCUCCCACUCUGUUUUUUGAUUUGUACUUGUCUGGAGACAGUAACUUUUGAAUAAAAAUCAACACAUUUCAA